ACGAGCAUCGAAGGCGCGUCGGAAUAUUGUUAUUGCGUGGAAAUGCGGCUGGUAAAUUGGUUGUUAUAAUGCAGAUAAGCCAGUCGAUGCACAUGUGUUGUGUUGUGCCGGAAUACGCCAUAUCGCCGCUCGCUCCAAAAAUCUUAGCCCCCACAACGACCGCGACCACAAGUAUCUCUGAAAAAGCAAACUCUCAAGCAAUUGGAAUACACCGAAGAAAAAUCAAUAGAAGAACCGAACCUCAGCGCUAGGACAAGAUGGUCUUUGAGGCGGUGGUAACGGAUGUGCUGAACAAGGUCCUGGGCGACUACAUAGAGAACUUGGAUCGGAAGCAGCUGAAAAUCGGCAUUUGGGGAGGCGAUGUGGUCUUGCAGAACCUCAAGAUACGCGAGAAUGCCCUGGACGAGUUGGACUUGCCCGUGCAACUCAUCUACGGCUACCUGGGAAAACUUGUGCUCAAAAUCCCGUGGAAGCAUCUCUACACUCAGCCGGUGAUUGUCAACAUCGAAGACCUCUACGCCCUGGUCACACCCAACAACAAUGUUCAGUACAAUGCCGAAAAGGAGGCCAAGUAUGAGAUGGAUAUUAAAAAGGCGGCAAUGGCUGCUCUGGAGGCAGCUCGCAAAAAGGAGCUGGAAAAGGAUCUGCCCGCGCCCAAUGCUGGCUUUACCGAGAAGCUGACGGCCCAGAUCGUCAACAAUCUGCAGGUGCAGAUCACCAAUGUACAUUUGCGGUAUGAGGAUACCACCACGACGGGAAGUCCCUUCUCAUUUGGUAUAUCGCUGCACGAGCUGGAGCUCUAUACCACCGAUUGUAAUUGGGAAAAGUGCUAUAUGGCCCAACAGGCGGCGCAGGUCUUCAAAAUAGCGAAUCUCUCUUGCCUGUCCGCCUAUAUGAACUGCGGCGGCAAGCUCUACGGCGAGGAUAAGAGCCAUCUUGCCGAACAGUUCCAGACAAACAUUGCUCGGAAGGAGUCGCAGCCAGCCAACUACCAUUAUGUCUUGGGUCCCAUCUCUUGCAAUGCCAAGCUAAAGCUAAACAUGAAUCCUGAGCUGGAUGAGCCGGCAUUCGAGAAACCAAAAAUCGAUCUAACCCUUGAGAUGGAGAAGCUGAACGUGGGUCUGACCAACACGCAGUUUGAUAAUAUCAUCAAGCUGGGGGAUGCCAUGAAUCGCCAACAGCUGGGCAUGCCCUACCGCAAAUAUCGCCCCUACAACCUACCCAUCAAGGGACAUGCCAGGGAAUGGUGGAAAUUUGCCAUAACCGCUGUUCUGGAGGAGGAUGUGAAGAGACCCAAUAGGAGCUGGACUUGGGAGCACAUCAAGGAGCAUCGCGAUCGCUGUCACACUUAUGCACAGAAAUACAAAGAGCAUUCCCUGAGCAAAAAGCCGCCCGCCGUGCUGGUUGAAACCUGCAACCUGCUGGAGCAGGAACUGGACAUAGUUAACCUGCUGCUGAUACGCCAGCGAGUCAAUAUCGAGAUUGCAAAGCAGCGCGAGGCGGCGCCCGAGGAGAAGGCGGGAUGGUUCAGCGGCUGGGGCUGGGGUGGCGGAGCCAAGAAGGAGGAUCAAACAGAAGGCCAGAAUUUGGUGGAAAAGUUCGAGGCAGCCAUGACAAGCGAGGAGAAGGACAAGAUGUACAGGGCCAUUGGUUACCAAGAGAACGUGAAGCCCACGGAUCUGCCUGAGAGCUACGAGGCCAUCAAGAUGAACUUUAAGCUAAUCGCCCUGGAAGUGGGCCUGUACAAGGAGGAGAAGAAUGGACACGGAGAGUUUAAGGGCUUCCACGAACUGCCCUCGCUGGUCCUUCUCAAGUUCUCGAUGGCCACGGCUGCGAUCACCCAGCGACCUGCCGCCGAAGCCCUGAGCAUUACCGCCGGCAUGAGGGAGCUCAAGGUGACGGGACUCAAGUCCGGAGAGAACACACCCCUGCUGAUAGAGUCAAAGAUCACCGACGAGUUCAACCUGCUGGAUGUGUUCUUUGAGACGAAUCCCCUAGACAAAAAGUGCGAUCAGCGUGUUAAGGUGGUGGCACGUCCACUACAGAUCGUGUUCGAUGCCCCCACCGUUGUGGCCCUAAUCACUGCCUUCAAGAGGCCGGAGGAUGUGACGCUCUCCCGGUUUGAAGAUGCCGCCAGCUCACAAAUUUCCAACUUCAAGGAGCGUUCGGCCACCGGAAUGCAGUACAUGAUCGACAAGAAAUCGGUGCUGGACGUGGACAUCUUGCUCAUGCCGAACAUUCUGAUUUUGCCCGACAAAGGAGUGUACAGAGAGGGUGAGACGUCCCUGCUGGUCCUGAGCAUGGGCCAGGUGCAGCUGUCCAGCACUCCGCGCAACGAGUCGUCCAAUCUGAUGAACAUGCUUUCCACCGGCGAAGAGAAGGUCGACAUUCUAAAGGCGGUGAUGGACAACGCCUAUGACAGGUUUACCGUCAAGGUGGCGGAUGUCCAAAUGCUGGUCGUCCAGGCUGGGGAGCCGUGGCAGGCGGCGCUGGCGCAUGCCGAAUCCACGGAUAUGCACGUUCUGCGACCCGUCUCCCUGCAAGUAACUGCCGCACUUUGUGUGAUCGACAACGAUCCGCGGCUGCCCAAGAUCAAGGUGGACAUCGACCUUCCGUCGGUGCUGGUCAACGUCUCGGAGGAUCGCGUUAUUCUCGCCAUUAGAGUGGCCCUGAGCAUACCUCUGCCAGAGCAGCAGCAACAACAGCCCGGGCUGCGCGACACUCGGACUAGUUCGCGCAGCUCCAUGUCCAUAUCGACCUUCUUGAACAAAGAAGUGAAAAAGAUGAACGUCGGAGCAACCGCACAAGCAGCCACGCCUGCGGUGGCCUUUGAUGAGAUCACGCAGUACACGAAUUUGGAUGUUAACUUUUCCAUGGGCGAAAUAUAUUUCGUUCUCUUCCAGUCCGACAGAUGGAACGAGACUAGCACCAACAAUUCCGGCAUGCCCACCAUAGUGGAGCAGGCAUUGGAGACCCCUGAAGAGGGACAUCGAGUGCCGACAGCACGCCAAAUUCUCUCAAUUGAAAUUCGGCGACUUGAGGCCCAUUUCACGUCGCGAACCUACGAGUCUGUGGCAGCGGUGAAGCUGGGAGACAUCAACCUGCGCCAGUACGGCUGCCCGGACAUGGAGACAUUGGAUGUGAUACACACGCCCAAAUCUGAGAAUAGCUCAAACUAUCUGUUCACCGUCUCCUGCACACUGGCUGACAAGACGUCCCCGGAGUUUGGCACCAAGUACAACUCUACAGAGCAGCUGAUCGUGGCCAACUUUGAGGUACUGCAGAUUGUGCUGCACCAGGAGUGCCUAAGGAAACUCAUGGAAGUGGCGAACAAUUUCCAAUGCAAUCUGGAUCUCGUGCUGUCCAACAACAGGCGACUGGAUAGGACGACUUCUGCCGGUGGCGGCGAUGGCAUCCGGCAAAAGCUGAACGUUAUCCUGGAGGACACCGAGCAGGUAAUGACCACCAAUCAGAUGAAGCGCCGCAAGAAUCAGCGGUAUGGCGUCGUGGAGAGUGUGAAGGUUCGCAUGAUUGCGAAUCUGGCCCAAGUGGGCCUGAAGCUCACAUCUCAGAAGCGAGACUUGACCGAGCUGAACGUGAGCAAGUUCGUAUGCAGUUUGAUCAUGAAGAGCUCCUACACGGAGGUCAACAUUGGGCUCAAGGACAUACAGGUUGUGGAUCUAAAUCCGAAUACCAUACACAGAAAUAUCCUGAGUAUUGUGGGCAAGGACGCCUUCAACUGCCAGGUGGUGCUCUUCAACAAGCAGGAGACUCUCGACUACAACUCGGACGACAUGAAGAUUACCGUGGACAUUGGCUGCUUGAGAAUUAUCUACCUAAACUGGUUCGUUGCAGGCGUCUUGGAUUUCCUUAAUCACUUUUCUGAGGCGCAGGCCACCAUAUCGCAGGCCAGCGCUGCGGCGGCAGAAUCCGCCCGCCAGAAGGCCAUGGAUGCCUACGAAACGGCCACGCGAAUGAAGCUUAAUAUUCGCAUCAAGGCCCCUAUUAUCAUAGUGCCCACUAGUUCUCGGUCCCUGAAUGCAUUGGCGCUUGACUUGGGACUGCUAGAGUUGACGAACAACACGGUGGAGAUAGCGGUGGCCAACGAAGAACGGCUGGCGGUCAUCGAUGAGAUCAAGCUGCUCAUAUGCGAUGUAAAGUUAACCAAGGUGACCAUAAUGGAUGGCAAUGAAAGCGCUGUUGAUGAAAUUGACUCUGCGGUAGGCUAUUUGUCCAAAUCAAACAUGAUGAACCCCAUGAGCUUCACCUUAUUGGUCACACGUAAUCUGUCCUACGGCUGGUACAAGGAUGUGCCCGAGCUGAGCCUCUCGGGUCGUCUUAAGUCCAUUGAGCUCACUCUGUUUGCUGAUGACUUUGCCCUGGUGAUGCUGGUUAUGAAUUACAAUCUGAGCGAGGGUUUGGAUGAGUUUCCUCCUAGUGAAGAGGAACCGCCUAAGCCGAAACCGAGGUCCCCGGAAAGGCGGCUCUCCCGUGUGGAUCGCCAAACGCGCAGUCCGCUUCCCAAAUCAGAAAAGAUUGUCGAGGCCAUCAAGUUUAACUUUCAGUUUGAUGGCGUGAUCAUAAACCUAAUGGAGAGCGAAGACGAAGGACUGGCUCGGUUCGGAAUUUAUUUCCUAUCGCUCAAGGGCACCAAGCUGGACAAUGGCACCCUGAGCACCUCGGUGGUUCUGUGCAAUAUCCAAGUGGACGAUACGCGCAAGAAAUCAAAAACUCAGAUCCGGCAGUACCUGAGCCGCAAGGAUUGGGUAGAGCCAAAGCUCAAAACGGAUGAGAUCAUUGACGUGUGCUACAACGAGCGCAACUUUAUGGUGGAUAUGACGGCCAUUAUAAAGGAGAACGACACCUUUGCUGAGGUCCGUGUGCGUGGCUUUGACUUGAUCGUCUGCAUCGACUUUCUGCUCAGGCUUUCCACCUUCUUCAGCCUGCCAGCCGAUGAUAAGCCACCUGCAGCCGCAGAGGCAAAGGCUCAAUCAGUGACGGCAACGGUGCAAGAGUCCCAGAAAACCUUGCGACAAUCCACCGUAGGAGCAGCCAACGAGAUAAUGGCAAAGGAGUCCUCUGUGCAACCAGCUGUGAGCAAGAAGGUCAACCUCAUACUGCACAUUGACGAGCCGGAUAUAAUACUGGUGGAGAAUCUGGAGGAUCUCAACACCAGUUGCAUCAUUUUUAAUGCCCAUGCCCAUCUGAAUUUCCGCAGCAUAAACGAAAAACAGAUCAUCAAUGGGCAAAUCGAUGCCCUCAAGAUGUACAUGUGCGCCUUUCUGCCCGAGCGACGCGAAAUCACCCGCCACUACAUCCUCCAUCCGUGCGUGAUUAGCCUGCAGGGCUCCACGCCCGAGGAGGAGGGCAUGCACAUAAGCCUCAAGCUGAGCGACAUCAUCAUCAACGUAUCACCGGCCACCAUUGAGCUGCUGAACAAGGCGAUGGUGAGCCUCACCAGUGGAAAAGUGGUAAACCAGGCAGUGGCCGAGGAUGCGCGCAACCAUUCGAAUCUGUGGAAGCAGCAUCGCUUCCAAAGCCGCAACUACUGGUUCACGCGAGUGGACAAGGGUGUCGAGGCCCUGGAAUACGAGGCCACCACUGCUGCGGCUCCAGUGGCCAAAGCUGAGAAGUGCGUGAUCGAGAUGCCCAGCAUUACGCUUGUCAUUGAGUCCGGCGUGGGCUACUACACCAAGCCCCUCAUUUCGCUGGACACCCGCAUUACGGCCGUAUUCAACAAUUGGAGCCGCAAUCUCACUGCCCAGGGCUCACUGACGGUGAACAUGAACUAUUAUAACCAAACCCUGGCCGAGUGGGAGCCUAUCAUCGAGCUGAACGAGGUGGUGGGCCGCAAUGGCGUCCGCGAGUAUACGCCGUGGGAACUGAAGUUUGAAAUGGGCAUGGAGAAGGUGCAGAACGAGGCGAAUGAAGAGGAGGAAGAGCAGCAAGCGAUGCACAUGAAUAUCCAUUCGAAGGAGACGCUUGAGAUAACGCUGAGCAAGACCUGUCUGGGCCUGCUUGGCGAGCUGGCCGAGGCCUUCUCGCAGGCCAUCGAUGAGAAGGGUCUGUCCAAGCCCGGUAUCGUGGCGCCCUACGUGCUGGAGAACGACACGGGCUUCGAUGUCAAUCUGGAUCUGCGUAAGGGCAUGUUUACGCUGCACGAGGUGCACUGCGGAGCCACCGCGGUGCCCAAUAGCACUCUUCUCUUGUCCAACUAUUCUGUUGACGUUGACCCCAGUGCCAUACAGACCUGCACCAUUUCGGCGGGCGGACGAGCCUACUUGCAGACCAAGGAUCUGAGCACAUUGUCCGACGAGGAUGCCGAGGACUAUACUUUCUAUGUGACGAUUGGCGACAUUGGCAAGGAGAUCGCAUUGCCGGUGUCCAAAUCGGACACCCGAUUCUUUAACCUAAUGCGCAGCUCGACGCACGAGCCCUGGGGAAUCGUUUCCGAGGUAAAGCAGGAAUAUGGAACCACCAAAGUCAACAUCCAUGGUGUCGUCAGUAUCCACAAUCACUUCACGUGUCACAUAGACAUUUAUCGACGCAACACGAAUCCCACCGCGGAUAACUUUGAGGAUAUCUAUGUGGGGCAGGCCAAGAAGGGAGAGGUGUUCCAUGUACCGCUCCAUGCCAUUUACGCAGACGCCAAGGACUUGUACUUCUCCAUGCAGGGCUACAGAACCUCGGUGCAGGGCAUUGCCUGGAACACGAACCCCUCGGACUUCAAUUACUCGCACCAGCUGCACUGCAAUCCGACCAAGACAUUCGAGCCGCUUUACAUCAACGCCCAGCGUAAGAAGACGGAGAUCUACAACGAGUACUCGAACAAAUACACGAUGCUCAGCGCCUUCUAUACGAUUCACCUGCGCCCGCCGCUCUACCUGCGCAACUCCCUGCCCAUCAACAUCAUGGUUUCUGUGGCCGGGUGCUCGGUGAUGAAGGAGGAAAAUCUGGAUGCACAGUCCUCAAUGCAACUCAGCAAGGAAAGCUCCAUUAGAGAGGAGUUUCUGGACUACGGCGAGAAGGAGGUAAAGUCCGGUAAUGUGCUCCAUCUGCCCACCGUCCGACUGUCCACCAAGGGUACAGAAUCGAAGAGUGUCCUGGUCGUAAGGCUGGUUCAAUACCUGGAGAAGGACUGGUCUUGUACCACCGAGGUUUCGGACUACUCUGGCGACAUUGCCACCUGGACGUUCUCAUCGUACGACUCGGAGAUGAAGGUGGACAAGGAUCUUUAUGUCAAAGCUGAAAACCGGCAUGGCAGCCUGAUGCUCACGCUAUUCAGCCCCUUCUGGAUGAUCAACAAGACGGGACUGAUGCUCAGUUACCAGACGGAGUCGACAUCCGUGGACGUUCUAUACCAUCCGCCUGAAUAUUCCGGACCCAUUCUGUUGACUUUCCGGGAUAAGCUCUUCUUUGACAAGAAGAAGGCUUCUAUUCGCUGCGACAACGGCAACUGGAGCGAGAAGAUACCUCUAGACAUAGCUGGGGCCAUCGGCGAGGUCACUUGCCAGGCGAACGACAUGAAUUACCACAUCGGUGUCCACAACCAUUUGACGCAGAACUCGUUGACCAAGCAGAUCACCUUCAUCCCCUUCUACAUCGUGUGCAAUCGGUGUCGUUUCCCCAUUGAACUGCAGGAGCAGAGCCGCCCGGCGGAUCCCUGGCUGCUUCUCGAGACAAACCAGUUCGAGCCGCUUUGGCCGAAGACGGAGAGCAAGAACAACCUGGUGGUGCGCGUCGAGGGCAAGAUAACGCCGGCCUUCGACUACACGGAGGUGAUCUGCACGCUGCUUAAGCUCGAGGACAGCAAGUACGGCGGCAUCAAUGUGGACGUUCAGACCACGGAGGGCGGAGUGUACAUCACGUUCACGGAAUACAAGACGGCUGACGCCCCCGGAAUGCUGAUCAACCACACUAGCCACCAGAUCGUCUACUACGAGAAGGGGACGCACAAUGAGCACAUCCUGAAUGCCAAGAGCACCAUCAUGUACGCCUGGGACGAUCCGACGGGUCCCAAGGUGCUCGUGUUUGGUUCCAACAAGCAGGAGACGGACCUCAAGCGGGACAACAUCGGCGAAGUUGUCACCGAGAAUGGCGAGAAGGUGCUGUGGAUAUCCUUCCUGGACGGCCUGCAGCGAGUGUUGCUAUUCACCGAAGACGAAUCCAUUGCCCAUCGUACCGAGAGCACCGCUGCCCUGCAGUCCAUCACCCAGAGCAUCGAUCUGCGCAUCCACGGCAUCGGUUUCUCAUUGAUAAACAACGAGUCUGGUCUGGAUAUUCUGUAUCUGGGCAUCACCAGCUCUGGCAUCAUCUGGGAGUCGAAGAAGACGACCAAGAAGCGCUUCAAAGAGAUGACAAUUAACGAUAAUGCGCUCAUCGAAUCCGAGUAUCAACGGUACCUGACGCACCAGAAGGUCAACGAUGUCCAGACGUACAAGCUGGACAAUAAGUUCCCGAUCGACUUUGAUCAAAUGAUUUUGAAAAAGACGGUGGAUCGCGAUAUACGACGCAGCUUCUAUCCGGCCAUUUGGGUGUCCCAGAAGUCGUCGCCAUUCCAGAGCCAGCUGCACAUGAAGAUCAACCGCAUCCAAGUGGACAAUCAGAUCAUGGAUCCCAUAUUCCCCGUGGUGUUGGCCCCGAUACCGCCGCCCAAGAGCGUGGCCAGUACCACGGCCCUCAAGCCGUUCAUCGAGUGCAGCAUGGUGCAGCGGAUUAUGCCCAACUCGUCGGUGCGACAGUUCAAGUACGCCAAGAUCCUGAUCCAGGAGUUCCUCUUCAAGGUGGAUCUGAACUUCCUCACGGCCCUCGCCGACUUGUUCUCCAAGGAAGUCAGCGACGAGACGGAGGCCAAACAGUUCAUCCAGGAUGUUGAAUCCAUUGAGCUGCCACUCUCCGCCUUCUUCGAGGAUCAUUCGUUGCAGGAGCAGAAGAGCUUCUACGACAACUUGCAUCUGGGGCCGCUGAAGAUUCACGUCAGUUUCUCGAUGGCCGGAUCGGACACAAAGGCCCUGCCCGGCUUCCUCGGCUCGUUGGUGCAGGGUGUGGGCGUUACCCUGACCGAUGUCAACGAUGUGGUCUUUCGCCUUGCCUUCUUCGACCGGGAAUACCAGUUCUUCACCCAACAGCAGCUGAUCAACGAGAUCACUUCGCACUACACGGGUCAGGCGCUGAAGCAGCUGUACGUGCUUGUCCUGGGCCUGGAUGUUCUGGGCAAUCCCUAUGGCCUGGUGGUGGGACUCAAGAAGGGUGUCGAGGACUUGUUCUACGAACCGUUCCAGGGUGCUAUCCAAGGUCCUGGAGAGUUCGCCGAGGGCCUGGUUCUGGGCGUAAAGUCACUCUUUGGGCACACGGUGGGCGGUGCUGCGGGAGCCAUGUCAAAAAUCACUGGAGCCAUGGGCAAGGGUCUGGCCGUGUUGACCUUCGACGAUGAAUACCAGAAAAAGCGGCGCCAAGGCAUACACAAUAAGCCGAAGAACUUCCACGAGGGUCUGGCUCGCAGCAGCAAGGGCCUGGUUAUGGGCUUUGUGGAUGGUGUGACUGGCGUUGUAAGCAAACCAGUGAGUGGAGCUCGCGAACAGGGCGUUGAGGGCUUCUUCAAAGGCCUGGGUAAGGGUGCAAUUGGCCUGGUGGCUCGCCCCACUGCUGGUAUGGUUGACUUCGCCAGUGGCAGCUUUGAUGCUGUGAAACGCGCGGCGGAGGCGGGUGAGGAUGUCAAGCGGAUGCGUCCGCCACGCUUCCAGCACUACGACUUUGUCCUGAGGCCGUACUGUCACAUGGAGGCCAUGGGUAACAAAAUACUAAAGGAGACGGAUAAGAGUAAGUUUGCAACCACAGACAGCUUUAUCCACUGCGAGGAGAUUAUCCAGAAGUCCGAGUACAUAAUAGUGACCAACUACCGCCUGCUGUACGUCCAGCGCAACGAGAUGUUCGGCAUCUGGACGUCCCUCUGGUCUUACCUGUGGAGUGAGAUUAGCUCCGUGGCGACGGCCUCGCGGGGUGUACAGAUCACCGUCAAGACGGAGGCCAAGAAGGUGCUGGGUCUGUUCAGCCCCAAGGAGUCGACCCGUAAACUGGUCCUGCUGGCCGAUGAGCGGAAGCGUCUGGCCCUGGUGGACAUAAUCGAAUCUCAUCUCGCCGAUCCCAAUCCUCACAGGGUCACGGUCGCCUAUCCGGGGAGCAAUCAAUAAUGGACUUGAAUUUAUUUUCCCAACUGUAUUAUAAUCCAAGCACACAUCCCCACGGCACCAGCAACGACAUGGAAAUCUACCUCGAGCCUGCAAGAUUCUGUCUGUCCAAGCACCUGGCACCCGGCACCCUGCAACCCAUUGGUAAACGUGUCCUGCUUUUACAUAUGUCAACAACCAUUAUGUUUUGAUAUUAAAAUUUUAUGUCAAAGUUAA